GGAAGAGGGAAACGGGAAAAAGGAAAAAGGAAAAAGGAAAGAGGAGACGAUACGAAGCAGACGAUACGAAGCAGAGCGAAACUUAUCUGAUUUUGUCCACAAUUCACAUAUUUACUCAAGAAACUGUGCUUGUCACUUUGUGUGCUGUUGUUUGUGUCUCAGCAUGGCGGUCGUCAUCCGUUUACAGGGACUGAGAGUCACAGCAGGUUCUCAGGAUAUUCGUAACUUCUUCACUGGCCUCAAAAUUCCAGAUGGAGGGGUGCAUAUAAUUGGUGGGGAGCGAGACGAAGCUUUCAUUAUUUUUGCUUCAGAUGAAGACGCGAGAAGAGCCAUGACACGGUCAGGGGGUAGCAUUAAAGGAUCACCUGUUACAUUGCUAUUAAGUAGUAAAGCAGAGAUGCAGAGUAUGCUUGAAAAAAGUACAAGAAAUGUAGAACGGGAGAAAAGGAGGCUACUUGAGGAGAACGCAAGACGUGCUAGAAGAUCUGUGGACCGUGAACCGGGCAGGAGGUCAGGUAGCAGAUCAGGUCAUACCUCUCCACCUCGUCACCAGAGGGCUUCAAACUCUGACUUUUUGUGUGUGUUUCUUAAAGGAAUGCCCUUCUCUGUGACUGAAAAGGAUGUGCUUAACUUUUUCAGUGGUUUACUUGUUGAUGAAAUAGUCUUAUUGAAAAAUCAAAAGGGCCAAAACAAUGGAAGAGGUCUUGUCAGAUUUGCAACAAGAGAGGAUGCAAGCGAAGGCCUGAGGAGGGAUAGGAAAUACAUGGGGUCAAGGUAUGUGGAGGUCUACACAACAACAGAAGAUGAUUGGCAUCGAGCUGUUGGUUCCAACACGGCUGGCAAGGUUGAGAGAGAGAGAUCACCUGUUCGCAGUCAGAGGAAUCCACAAUAUCAUGCAAGGUCACAAUCACCAUUGGCCCAGAGGUCCACUGCUUCUUCCAACGAGGAGUACUGUGUUUUUUUGGAAAACCUAUCUUAUGCAGUUGAAAAAGACGACAUAAAAAAGUUUUUUCGCAAUGCAAGGCUCGAGGAUGAUCAAAUCCUGUACAUGAUUGGAAACGAUGGGAGAAGAACCAGAUCUGCAUUUGUGCUGUUCAAGAGUCUGCGAGACUAUUCUGAUGCAACAACUUACGACAAAGUUAUGUUUUUCAACCGAUGGGUUUUUGUACGCCCAAUCUCAAGAGAGAACAUGAUCACCCUUCUGGAAUCGCAGAACAUGGAUGCCCAACCUGAAAACGCCGGUAAUCCUUAUGACUCUGAGGAAAUGUGUCUGUUUGUACGGAAUCUGCCAUUUGAUGUGCGGAAAGUUGAGAUCAUGGACUUCUUCCUUGGGUUCAACGUCACAGAGGACAGGGUGUUUUUGCUGCACGACGAUACAGGUGCUGGGAUUGGAAAGGCAUUGGUUCUCUUCCAGUCUGAGGCAGAGGCAACGAGAGCACUCUCUCUUAAUGGACGAAGGUUUCUUGGGUCAGAAGUCGCACUGAAAUGUAUUUCGCAUUCUCAGAUGCGGGAAUUGGGUGUUGAGCCACCAGUGGGGCAAGAGCAACUGCUAAGAGAGGAGCGGUACUCAGGCAGAAGCAACGAGGUAUCCUGUCGCCCUGGGUUCGUAGAGUACCCUGACUUGCGUAAACGUCAUAAUAGUAAUAUACCAAUGACUAAUGCACAGCCCCAAGUCCAUGAAAGCUAUGAUUAUGAGCCUUAUGCAGAAGGACGUUUCGCUCCACAGGACGGCGGUAAUGGCAUUCAUGGCGGUUUUGACUCCUCAGUGCAGAAUUUUGAUGGUCCCACCUGUAUAAAGCUUGUCAACUUGCCAUUUCAAAUCAAAAGUGAAGAAAUCUAUGACUUUUGCUAUGGAUAUCGUAUUAUCCCUGGAUCUGUGUCACUGCAGUAUGACAAGAGUGGAGCAACUUCUGCGACUGUAGUAUUUGAGUCUCGUCCAGAGGCGUUGACAGCGAUUGAGGAACUGAGUGGAAGACCAAUAGGUGCCAGAAAAAUACAGCUACUAUUUGUGUGACAUUGGUUUUCAUGGCACCUUACAUACUGAAGCACUAUGGUUUGGACAUGCACCCAAUAUUGACUGAAACAAAGCUGAUUUAAGGGAAGCAUUUUCCUGUUUUUUUGUUAUUAAAGUGGUGGUGGUUGUGAACAGUAAAUUUAGCUAUAUAGUAGAUUUUUUUCCAACCACAUUUGUUUUAUUGUGAUAUAAUUGAAUAUAGUUAAUUCACAACAUAUGGCUUUGUUUGCAAUGCCCAUCUUAAGAGUGAAAUACUUGAUUUUUUGCUUUUUUUAUUAAAGUAUGUUCAACUCAAUUUACAACACACUGUAGAAAAAUGUAUGGAAAAUUCAAUUUACAAUCUGUGGUUACUGUAAAAAGUGCAGAUCUUUUUCUUUUUAUAAAGAUGCAUACUUUUGAA